AUGCCGCUUGCACUGAUGCAAUACUCUGCGCAAAAGUUGCAAAAUCAUUUUUAUGCACUUGUUUAUGAUCAGUGGCAUAUGUCUGCAAGAGGAUUACGGUAUUUGCAUGAGAAAUCAGGAGCAGAUGAAUGCUAUUUAGCGAUCUUCAUCACCUCCGGCAUCUCGAUUUAUCUCGUUAUCGGUGAUUAUGCUCGAUUUGUUGCCAAUGCAAUCCUUACUGCGGUACCGAUCCUGCUCACCUAUGUUUAUCCGGAAGAGAAGCCACCGUUUGAUAAUCUUUUAUGUUAUUGGUCUAUAUACGUUAUUGCAACAUUGUUUUUGGAUCCGAAAUUAGAAGACAAAGGAAGUUAUUAUUGGAUGAAAAUGCUUAUGCUAGUACUACUAAUAAAAUUUCCCAGAAAAGCUGAAAAUAUUGAAUUAAAGCAAGGUAAAAAUGUAGACAAUCAUCAGGAAGAAAUAACGGCUGCCAAAAAUAAUACUUUAAGUGAAAAAGAUAUAUCUGAUCAACGAUCUUCAGAACGAGUUCCUUCGCUUGUUCCACAGCUGGAUUCGAGAACGGAAAAUUCCAUUUAUACUGAUGAUGGACUUCAAACUACUCCAAUAAGGGAAUCUUUGAUUGUUCCUGAAAGCAAACCAAAUGUUUUUAUAAAAGAAUCUCCAACUAUUUUACUUCAGAAAUCCAACUUAAAUAUAGAGAAGCAUUGUCAAAUCAGUCAACCACCGAGAAAAUCGCAACUAUUUCAAGGAGGGAAAUUUCUAAAUACUUCUAUUUUGAAGCCUGAAAUUAUCUCUGGACAAGAGCUUCCGACUGCUUCUGAAACGAAAUCUCAGAUUAUUCAUAACAAAAAAAAAACUGGGGAAUUGCCAACUAUUUUGGCGACUGAAUUUUCGACAGUUCCUGUAAAACGGAAUCAAAUCAUUCCAUUGAAAGAAUCUAAGAGCUUUACGAUAAGAGAAUAUAAGAUAAGUUCUGGCUCGGAUAAAAAAAUUCAUACUGUCUGUGUCAAGGAUUCAGAGCGGUUGGAAAUUCCUACUGGAAGGAAAUUUAAGGAACAUCAGAAUAUUUCUAUGAGAAAGCCUCAAAAUGUCACCACAAACGAAGUUCCACUUACACCUUUGACAAUUUCCACACCUGUUUCUAUUAAGCAUUCUCAAAAUAUCUCAAGUAAAGAGACUAAGAAACCUCAAUUUGUUUCAGAACAUGAUUUAAGGACAAUUUCUGUGGUAGAAUCGCACAUCCUUCCUGCAGGCAAAUCAAAAGUUCCCGAUGCCUCUGCAAAGUUUAUUAAGAUUUCUGAAAAAGAACAUCAAAUCUUGCAUAACAACAAAGCUGUUUCAAUAUCUGAGACUGAAACGAUGGUGCAAAAACCUUCUCCCGCGAAGUCUCAACUUUCUUCUUGGAAAAAGUCUGAUGCAGUAACAGAAGCAAAAACCCAAAUUAAUCAUACAAAAAAAAUAAUUAAUACUAAUAAGAAGCAAUCUCUGCUCACUUCCAGUGCAAGUAUUAGUCUCGAAAGAAAUGAGGAUUCUGAAAAGGAAAUUUCUCAAAAUACUGCUGAGGCAAAAAAGUUAGCCAGUGUCAUCAGGUGGGUUGCAACUGGGAAAACUGUCGUCAUAAUAAAAAAUAUGCAAACUGGAGAGCCCAACAAAUCACAAUGA